UUCAUUUAGAGAAGGGUCUAAAGGCUGGUGGUGCGCCGAUCAGACGGAAGCCGUUUAGGGCGUGAGUUGAGAGACUGAAGGAUGGAAUGUCGGUGCAAGUUCUGGCUCCCAAAGAAGAACAGGUUCUGUGCCAACGCUCCUCUCCACAAUUCCUCGUUCUGCGGAAAUCACACGGCGAGGUCUGAUGCCCAGUGGGUUCCAUGCCCGAUCGACCCUUCUCAUACUGUUCUAAAAGAAAAUCUCGACGGACAUCUCAGAAGAUGCCCAUUGUUGAAACAAGUUCACUUGUUGUCGCUGCAACCUUUCUACCAAAAGGGGAUCAAUGCUGGCACUGAUGAUGAUGAUGGUGGUGGUGGUGGAGGAGAAACGCAUGGAAACAAAGAACAGAUGGUCAGACCCAGGGGAGUCAAAGAUUUCUUCCCCUCGAAUAACUCCUCUUCUGGGCCGGUGGGUUGCGGCGUUUCCUCCGAAGCGAAGAGGAUUGCUGUGUACAGUAUGACCGCAACUGAACUAUGCGCAUUAAUCGGCAAAAUCCAGUCUGUUCAUGCUUCAAUAUGUAGGGAUAUCCGAGAGUCGUACAGAAUACCCAAGGCUUGUGGUGCAUGGAUUAAUCGGCAAGUGGAUGGGAAAUUACCAUUUCAAGAAAAACAUGUUUUGCAACAAUCUUCAAUUCUUGGGAACUUGGAAGAAUUUGGGGUGUUAAAGAAUUUCAAUGGGGAAAUAUCAAGGGAUUGCCAUUUAUUUGACGUGCCAUUUGAUGACGGUGCUAAUGUCCCUGCGGUGGUCGAGUUUGGUGCUGGGAGGGGUUACUUGACACAGGUUCUUGCUGACUGUUAUGGAAUCAAGCAAGUGUUUCUUGUUGAAAGAAAGGCAUACAAGUUUAAGGCUGAUCGAAGUUUGCGACAGAAAGAGAGCUUGAAAUUAGAACGUUUGAGAAUCGACAUUGAGGAUUUAAAAUUGAACGCCGUUGAGGCUUUGCAAGGAAUUCCUUAUUUGGCAAUUGGUAAACAUCUUUGUGGCCCUGCAACAGAUAUGACUCUAAGAUGUUGCCUUGCGGAACAUCAUAAUCAGGGCCCUGCUGCCCAGGGCAAUGGCAAUGCCGGUUGUCACCUGAGAGGCCUGGCAAUAGCAACAUGCUGUCAUCAUAUUUGCCAGUGGAAGCAUUACAUAAAUAAGAAAUACCUAUCAAAUCUGGGAAUAACCAAGGAAGAUUUCCAUGCAAUCACAUGGUUUACGAGCUGGGCAGUAGAUGCAGCUCAUGAUUCAGAUCUUUCGGCUGCUGUCAACUACAAUUCGGCUCAGCAGAUCAUUGGAGAGGAUGAUGAUGCACAUGGUGGUGUUGAAGAGAUGUUCAGGAAAAUGAGCGGUGUGGAGAGGGCUGUACUCGGCUUCAUGUGCAAGGAUAUCAUUGACAUGGGGAGGUUGAUGUGGAUGAAGGAACUUGGAUUAGAUGAUGCUGCUUUUCUCAAGUAUAUCCCAUUUCACAUCUCUCCUGAAAACCGGAUGCUAAUUGCCAGGGUGUGACUACGGUAACUUGUGAGUGAAACUUCAGACUGCCUUUUUUACAGCUUUGAAGGGAGGUUGAUAGCGUUUUAAGAUCCAUUCUUGGCUAGAGAACCUUCUAUAUAUAUAUACUAUAUAUAUAUCAUUGUUUUCUUUCUUUUUCUGUUUUCUUUUACUAUUUUAAGCUUUCCACCCUGCAUCUUGUGACUGAAUUUCCUCCUUUUUUUUGAAAAAAAUAAUUGGGAA